AUGGACGCCGCCGACAAGAUCAUAUCCAGAGCGGAGGAGAAUGCCAGCCCGGAGCGCUUUGCCCGCCACAACGAGAAGCAGGACGCACAGGUUGAGAAGACGGAAACACAUGAGCCAAUCGCACGAACCUACACUUCGUCAACAAAUUCGUCCUCGUCAUCAGAAGCCUCAGACGUCGAGCGCGAUGCCAUGUCGCGAGCGCCCACGCAGCGAGAAGACAACGACCUCGAACGCCAAGCGACCGUAUUGAGCCGUAUCCAGACACAGCGGAGCCAGCACAGCGCUACAGUGGGUGCCAGUCUAAAGAGCAGGCAUUCGAAGAAACCGUUGCCCGGCUUUGGAGGCGGGAAACCAUACCCCCCGCCGCUGCCAGAAAGAGAGGAAUAUGUUGUGGAAUUUGACGGGCCCGAUGAUCCUCUACAUGCGCAGAACUGGCCUAUGAGGAAGAAGCUUUUCACUGGUGCAAUGCUUGGGUUUACGACUCUUACGGCUGCAUUUGGCAGCUCUAUCUUCAGCGCCGCGACUCGCGUUGUAGCGCAACAGUACCAUGUAGGAACUACGGUUGGUGUGUUAGGGACGUCCUUCUACGUGUUAGGUUUUGCAACUGGUCCGAUCUUGUGGGCACCUUUCUCGGAAUUGAAGGGCAGGCGACUGCCGCUCGUUAUCGCUAGCUUCGGGUUUUCGAUCUUCAACAUUGGUGUUGCAACAGGAAAAGACCUCCAGACUAUUCUUAUAUGUCGUUUCUUUUCUGGGUUCUUCGGUGCUUGUCCGCUAACUUGUGUCGCUGCUGUGUUCUCAGAUAUGUUUGACAACCGGACCAGAGGCAUGGCGAUCACCAUCUUCUCCAUGACAGUUUUCACUGGUCCCUUACUGGCACCCUUCAUCGGCGGUUUCAUAGUCAUGUCUCAUCUUGGCUGGCGCUGGACAGAGUACAUCGUCGCGAUCAUGGGUUUUACUGCUUUCACUCUGAACAUAUUGUUCCUCGAGGAGUCUUACCCGCCAGAAAUCCUUGUCAAGAAAGCAUCCGAGUUGCGUCGUAGAACGAAGAAUUGGGGCAUCCACGCCAAGCAGGAAGAAAUUGAAAUCGACGUUCGCGAACUUCUGCAGAAGAACUUCAGUCGUCCGCUCAGGAUGCUUGUCAGCGAGCCCAUCGUCCUGCUCUUGUCCAUUUACAUGGCUUUCAUUUAUGGUCUCCUCUAUUUGUUCUUAACAGCGUAUCCUUUCGUUUUUCAGGGAGUCCACCACAUGAAUCUGGGAGUCGGAGGACUGCCUUUCUUUGGCAUGAUCACGGGACAAUUACUCGCUGGUACUCUGAUUUUCAUCCGACAGCCGGGAUACCAGAAGAAGCUCGCCGCGAACAACAACGUCCCAAUUCCUGAGUGGCGUCUUCCCGAAGUCAUCGCAGGCGGCGUAUGCUUUGCCGUCGGGAUUUUCUGGUUCGGAUGGACUGGGUACAAGGAGUCGAUCCACUGGAUCGUGCCGACGUUGUCCGGUGUUCUAAUUGGUUUCGGUCUUCUCAGUAUCUUCCUCCAGGCGUUGAACUACCUCGUUGACGCCUAUCUCAUGUUCGCCGCUUCUGCCAUCGCCGCGAAUACCUUCCUUCGUAGUCUUUGCGGUGCCGUGUUCCCGCUCUUCGCGCAGCAAAUGUUCAACGGGAUGGGCAUCCAGUAUGCCUCCACGCUUCUCGGAUGCAUAGCCGCGGUCCUCAUUCCUGUGCCUGUAUGGUUCUACCUCCGGGGUGCGAAAAUCCGAGAGAAGAGUGCAUAUGCGCCUACGUUCAAGCCUGCACAGGACUAG